ACAAUAAAUAACAUUAAAUUAAUUUAUAAAAUUUGAUUAAUCAAUUUAAAAUAAAAUCUGUGCUCAGAUCAUGAUCUAGUAAUACACUAAAGAUGCUCUCAAAAAUAUGGUACCUCAUAAUAUCUUUAGAGUUUAGAUUUAUAUAUUUCGUUUCCGUUUGUCGUCCCACAUUGCUUACAAGUGAGAGUAGUUAAUACCUUAUAAAAUUUAAUUGAUCCUUCCAUUUAGAAGUGAGUUACUAGAGGUGGAUUUUAAUUUUGAACUUUUAGUGGUUUUGGUUAUAAACUGAUUGUGGCCAAACCUAUGUCAAAUUACAAUCAGAGCAGUUCGAAUCUUUAGGCAUGAGCAUGACGUCCGACUCCAAAGCAAGAAAAUGAAGAUGAGAGAAACCCAUUUCUUAUUAGGGUUACAAGCUGAGUUUUAGUAAGCUUGAUUGUCAACUACUUAUAGAGCGAAUAUUUUUUUUUAAAACUAUAUAAAUCCUAUCAGUUUCUUAUAUUUCAAAAUUUACUUUUUUAUUUAUUUAUCAUGAACCUGUAGCUGUUUUCGCAAUUAUAAAUUUGUAAAAGAAAACAACCGAUAAGCUAAUAUUAUAUUUUACCUCCAGUAAAUAAACAAACCAUUUAUCCUUGCUUUGUGGGUUUUGUUAUUAGUUCUUCAUUUGCUGAAUGUCUCAGAAUUGGAUUGAUCUUUUUUUUUUGUAACUUAUAGUUUACCCUUGGUUAGGGCUAUGCUUUCCCUGUGUUUAGGACUUUGUUUUCGGAUGUUUGGAUCUUCGGACUCUUUAUAUUCCAUCAUCAAAUCUUAUCUUAUAAUCUCCCUAGUAUUUUAUAAUGAAUAAACUUCAACAGAAGAAAUAAAAAACAUAAAAAAAUGUUGUAGAGCUAAGAAAGACUCCUACACAAGUUAACAUUUUUGGAGAACCAAAGCUCAAUUACAAGCAAUAUAAAUUUUAGUAAAUUUUUAUAGUUUGUGGAAUUAAAAAAGUACUUGCACAACAAAGGGAAAAUAAAUAAAAAAGAAAGAAAAGAGAGUCGAAUAUCCAUAAAUUCAUUUUGUUGACUAAAAAAUCUGUAAAUUUAUUUACAAGGAAAAAAAAAAAAGGGUAACGGCGUUCUCUAUCUCCACGCCACUGUAUAUAAAGCUGCAAUCGCAAAAUCAAGAACGCUCCUGCUUCUUCCCCCUGAGCACCUGAGAAAGAUUAAAUUAGGUUUUUUUUUGGCGAUCGAUUCCGAUCGAUGGCGAAAAGAUUAUUCGCGGUGCUCGAGUGCCAAUCAUUACUAGAGAACCUAUCUCCCUUCGUGGAUCCCAAACGCCCAAAGAACUUCCCCGACGGCGAGAGUCCAACAUGUCUAUCUCCGAACUCGGUGAUCGGGUUCCCGGAAUUGACCGAAGAGCCGAAAAGCGACUCGGAUCGGAGCGUUCUGUGCAGGCUCUGCGUUCGGUUACCGGACGGGAGAAAGGUGCAGAGGAACUUCCUCAGAUCAGAGUCUGUUCAGCUUCUCUGGUCGUUUUGCUAUUCGUUGAUGGAUGAAUCGGAGAGGAGGGAGAGGUCUUUCAAGCUGAUUCAGGCGGUUCCCGGGGAGUACAGGAGUCUUUAUUACGGAUCUGAGACGAGUUUUGAAGACUCUGGGCUUGCUAACUCGUUGAUCUCUGUGAUUUGGGUGUGAAUAAGUUAAUUACUUUUGAUUAUCUGGUUUUUAGUUUCUCUAUGAUUUGAACAGUUUAUAGGGUUAAGUAUUUGAUCAAAUCGUCUUCGCAUAACAUUGGUUACAAGUCAAUUUCAUUUUUAAAAGUCUAUCUUCUCCUUUAAGAUAUCUUUCUUGUCUUUGUUUUA